AUGCAGCAAACUCUCAUUUCUUCCUUUUGCUUCAUCUUGCUGGCUUUCUCCUCCAUAGUCCUUGGUAAAAAACCCAACUGUGGGAAACAUGGCCCGGUUAUCAAAUUCCCAUUCAGCUUCAAAGGUAGCCACCCAGAAAAUCCUGGGUAUCCUGGGUUUCUUGUGUCCUGCAAUGAAAAGAAGGAAACCAUUCUUGUGCUUCCAAUCCCAGUUAAAUUUGUAAUCAAAACCAUAUACCAUAAGGCUCAGAAAAUCCAGCUAUACGACCCAGAAGAUUGCUUGCUUGCCAAGCUUUUGAAAGUCCACAACAUGUCAAUCUUUCCCUUCCACUACUCAGAAUACCAAAUGACUGAUAUUACCUUAUUCAAUUGUUCUUCAGCUGAAAGGGAAUCGCCGGCCUCGUCGCUGUAUUCAGUCCCCUGCUUGGUCGAAGGCCCUGGCUACCAAAUCUAUUGGGUUUCUUCUUCCUAUGGAAUUGAGUACUUGCCCCUCCUGUCUUGUACAAAGAUGCGUAAUCUUUCAUCAGUUCCAUUCAUGGAUAAAACUCGAGAGCUUUAUUUGGAAUGGUCUGAACCAAAUUGUAGACUAUGUGAAGCACAGGGCAAGAUCUGUGGAUUGAAGAACAAUGGCACCACUAGUACUGAGAUUGAAUGCCUUCUCAUGAAGAAAGGAGGUUCGGGGAAAACUUUAGUAGCUACUGGUACAUCCCUGGGUUCAUUUGUACUCGUACUACUUGCUGGUGCAGCUUAUCAUGCUUAUAGUUCUGAUAGAAAGGAGAAACAGAAUCAAUUAAAAAUUGAAACAUUUUUAGAGGAUUACAGAGCUCUCAGACCAAGCAGAUACUCUUAUUCAGAUAUCAAGAGGAUUACAGAUCAGUUCAAGGACAAAUUAGGCCAAGGGGCAUAUGGGACUGUUUAUAAGGGAAAGCUUUCUUCUGAAUGUUUUGUUGCCGUGAAAGUCCUCACUAGUACUAAAGGAGAUGGGGAAGAGUUUUUUAAUGAAGUGGGAACAAUGGGUCAUAUCCAUCAUGUCAAUGUAGUUCGCUUGGUUGGAUUCUGCGCUGAUGGGUUUAGACGAGCUCUUGUUUAUGACUUCUUACCUAAUGGUUCACUGCAAGAUUUCAUUUCAUCAGCAGACAAUAACAAUUCUUUCCUUGGUUGGGAUAAGUUGCAAUAUAUUGCUCUAGGCAUAGCCAAAGGAAUUGAAUAUCUGCACCAGGGGUGCGAUCAACGAAUCCUCCAUUUUGAUAUCAAACCCCACAAUGUUCUGCUUGACCAUAACUUCACCCCAAAGAUUUCUGAUUUUGGUUUGGCCAAGUUAUGUUCCAAGGAUCAGAGUAUAGUGUCAAUGACUACAGCUAGGGGAACAAUGGGGUACAUUGCACCUGAAGUGUUCUCCCGGAACUUCGGGAAUGUGUCCUAUAAGUCAGAUGUGUAUAGUUAUGGAAUGGUACUGCUUGAGAUCGUAGGAGGAAGAAAGAACAUCAGUUCAACCACAGAGAACGCACCUGAAGUUUACUAUCCAGAAUGGAUCUAUAAUCUACUAGAAGAAGGUGAAGACCUCCGAAUCCAUGUUGGGGAAGAAGCAGAUGCUAAAAUUGCAAAGAGACUUGCGAUUGUGGGUCUCUGGUGCAUCCAAUGGCACCCGGUUGAUCGUCCCUCUAUGAAAGGGGUGGUUCAGAUGUUGGAAGGAGGAGAAAACUUGACUAUGCCUCCAAAUCCUUUUGCCUCUCAAGAUCCAGUAAUUUUCUUGAAAUGUGCAAAUCCAGUGAAUUCUUCUUGGUAUGUGAGCACGGCUCCCUGUAUUAACUCCGAAAUGUAUGAUUAUGCCGUUCCAGGCAGUAUCUACCUCGAAGAUGUGGAGAAUGGGUGCACUGUAUAUUGGAUGGGUCUGACCACUUGGAUGCCCUUCCGAAACGUUUCCUAUCAAGAUAUACACGAUCAAAUGGUGUACGGCUUCGAGCUUGUGUAUACGAGACCGGACACUGGUACUGACCCUUGCAGCGGUCAAUGGAAUUACUAUGGAUGUUAUCCGCACAGCAUACGAGCUUUCUUUCUUAUUGGUUGGAUGGCGUUCACCGAUUAUUGGUUUAUCGCGAGUAUUGUUGUUGUCAGUGUUGUAGGGGCAAAACUUGUAUUUGGAGGUCCAUUUAUGAUCGCACUUCUGAUACAUAAGUGGCGAAGAAGGCAUUGGUCAACCUACCGCACAAUAGAAGACUUUCUGCAUUCUGACAAUUUCAUGCCUAUAAGGUACUCCUACUCCAACAUUAAGAAAAUGUCAGCUGGAUUCAAAGAUAAGUUGGGCGUAGGGGGUUAUGGUUCUGUAUUUAAAUGCAAAUUACGGAAUUUCAUGAGUGAAGUAGCCACUAUUGGAAGGAUUCACCAUGUCAAUGUGGUGCAGCUUGUUGGUUACUGUGUCGAGGGUUCAAAGCGUGCCUUAGUAUAUGAUUUCAUGCCAAAUGGUUCUCUUGAUAGAUACAUUUACUCCAAAGAAGAAUCCAUCACUUUAAGUAUUGAAUAUUUGCAUCAAGGUUGUGAAAUGCAAAUUCUGCAUUUUGAUAUCAAGCCUCAUAAUAUCCUACUUGAUGAGAAUUUUGUCCCAAAGAUUUCUGACUUUGGGCUAGCAAAACUGUAUCCAGCAAACAAUAGCAUUGUCUCAUCAAUGGCAGCAAGAGGCACCAUGGGAUACAUUGCUCCCGAGUUGUUUUAUAAAAACAUUGGUGGCGUUUCGUACAAAGCUGAUGUUUAUAGUUUUGGAAUGUUGUUGAUGGAAAUGGGGAAGGACUUGGAGAUUGGGGAUGCUACAGCAGAGGAGAAGAAAUUAAUUAGAAAAAUGAUAGUAGCUGCCUUGUGGUGUAUUCAAAUGAAACCAAGCGAUCGACCUUCAAUGAAGAGAGUUACACAGAUGCUCGUAGGAGAUGUUGAGAACCUAAAAAUGCCACCAAAGCCUUCUCUAUGCCCACAACCGACGCCUGUAAGUAAUCUGGUUCCAGCAUGUUCAAAUGUGGAGCUAACAUGUACUCUUUCUGCUAGGUGA